AUGUUAAUGAAAGUUAAUGAAAAACUUUUACUUGUAUUUAAUAAUAUAUUUGUUCGUGAAUAUAUUGAUCAGAUACAUCAAGGAAUUUAUAAGAAUUCUAAUAAAGACAAUUUACCGUCGUAUCAAAAAAUAACUGAAGAAAAAUUUCUUCGUAUUGUUGAUUUAAUGGGAAAGAUUAGAGUGACUAAAGAAAUUUUAGAUCAAUUGUCGGAUGCUUCACUAUCAGUAUGGGAUACAAUAUUAUAUGAAAUUGAAUUUACAGAAAUCUUUAAUAGAGAAAUGAAUAAAUGUGGUAUUGAAAUUAGAAAUGAUGAUAGUGAAAAAGCAAUUUUAUUUUUAAAUCGUAUUCGAGUUCAAGUAGGUAUUGAAAAUUUUCGAAAUAUUAUAGACAAAAUAAUUAGAUCAAAAACUAAAAAUAUUAAAAAUUUAAAUUUAUUAUUAGAAUCUAUUUAUUAUCGAAAGAUAACUUUUAAAGAAGCUAAUGAAAUUGUUUUGAAAAAAGAUUAUAAAGAUUGGCAUAAAAUAAUCUUAGAAAAAAUGUUAUUGCAUUUUAAAAUUGAUAAUAAAUCUGAUCGUUCAGCAAAACAAAUUAUUGAUCAAAUGAUAAUGCACCAAAAAAAAACGAACUAA